AUGCCCUCCACGCCCUCUACUACAUCGGCUCGUCGUCAUCAGUCAGGAGUUGCAUGUCAAGCGUGCCGUCGACGUAAAGUUCGGUGCAGCUUCUCAGUCACUGGAGUGCCGUGCACGGCCUGUACUCAGGACCAGGUCGAAUGUCUUGUAAACACUAAGCAACUAAAUAGAUUUCAACGCAACCGCACCCCUGUCACCCCCAGCCUGCGUCCAAUCGCGCCUGCACAGACUCACGGGGUAAAUGGCAGCUCCAGCUCUAACAAGAAUGACUUGCCGUCGGAACCAAAUGUCGCGGGGAAUACUGCAACUCCCCUGAGUGGCGGACCACACAAUAUCGAGGCGGAAGAGCGCAACGGGGUCGAAAUCGCGACAGCGGCCCUGGGACAGCCGCAAAAUGUCGGCGAAGUACCUUUCUACACCGGUAAGGGGACGGGGCCUACAUCCGCCUUGAACAUCUGCAGCUUGCCCAGGCAUUUUUUCAUCCCAGUAACUAAUCGAGUGUCUCUGUCUGACGAGGAUCGAAAUUAUCUGCAAAUAAAGGGCGUGUUUACACUGCCUUCCAAGGCGGUUUGUGACAGCUUCCUUCGUGCAUACUUCUAUCAUGUUCAUCCAGUCAUGCCGGUGAUUGAUGUCAACCUCCUGUUGAACAUGCAUCAUUCCGGGCGACUUCAAGAGUACAAUCUCUUGCUUUUAUGGAGUAUCUUUUUUGUUGCCGUCAAUUUUGUCCCCGCUAAUGUUUACGAACAAGAAGAAGGCUGCAAUUCGCGGAGAGAAAUGAAAGCAAUGUUUUACUCACGCGCAAAGUGUAUGUACGACAAUGGCGCGGAGACAGACAAAAUUGUUCUGCUUCAAUCCUCCCUUCUGUUGGGGUUCUGGUAUUCCGAAUUAGACGAACAUAUGCAGCCAUGGUAUUGGACCGGCAUUGCGAUUGAUCUCUGUCAGAUGCUGGGAUUACACCGCGACCCACACUCCUCCAAGGCAAACUCCUCGAUCACUCCUCAGCAGUGGUGCCUGUGGCGUCGCCUGUGGUGGAGCUGUUUCUUUCGUGAUCGCUGGCUGGGGCUUACUUUGGGGAGACCACUGCGCAUCAAUCUCAAUGAUUGUGAUACCCCGAUGCCAGUGGUGGCCGAUAUGCUCAGUGACAUGGAUCGCAUACCUGAUUCUGCUGCUGCUGCUGCAUAUCUGCCAAACGACUUUCCCAGGCUAGCCCAAUAUUGGGUGAAAUUAAUCGAAUUGAGCAAGGUAUUGGGCACUGUGAUCACCAUGAACUACCAGGCAGUAAGGCCCAGGCCAUCUCUUCAACAAUUCGAGACUGUCGAGCAAGAUAUCCUUCGAUUCCAGCUUCCAGACCUCUACGAAGCCGGUCUAAGUCGUUGGGCCGGGUUCUAUGCUUACCAUGUUCACUUGCACUAUCAGGCGCUGGCGAUUACCUUUUACCGACCCUAUGAAAGAGAUACGCCAGAGGGUCUUGAUCCUAAUGAAGAAGAGGAUUGGCGGCACCGAGUGCGCAGCAAAGCCGAUGCAGCCGCCUCGCGGACGAAUUAUAUCCUGGAUGCUCUUGUUCAAGGGAAACUUCUUGAAUACGUGGGCCCUAUGACACCUCCGCUUUUGAUCCCAGCGAUGCAAACGCACUUACUCCAUUGCAAGCGUGCCGACCCCCUUUCCAAACGUCUAAGGCUCAACAAGCUCGAUAUGUGCAUCUUGAUCCUGGAAGAGCUUCAGAAAACCUAUACUGCCGCUUCCAUCUAUCGGGUCCUAUUCAUCAAGGCCAUCCAGCAGAUUUUCCCGGGGUAUUCCAAGGGUAUAGAGCCGUUGCAUCAGAAUGCGCCUGCAGCAUCCGGCGCUGGGGCUUCCAAUGCGACGGACCCGACUUCGAGCACAACGGGCUCGUCUGCGGAAGACCCAAUUACCUACGAUGUUUCCCUAUCUGAUGACCAGGAAGCGGACGCUGCCGCCACCGAUAGCUUCGUGCAUGCGCUGACGGACGAAGCGUCGAUUUUCAACCUUUUGGGAAACAUGGGGUCGGAUAUGAUAUGA